ACAGUGUAAUCCCUGUAGAAACAUAAUCUUUAAUCCAACUGAACAAAAUACUUCCACCAGUAACACACACACACACACACACACACACACACACACACUGGAUCUGAAGUGUUAGUCUCAUUCAUCCACGUAGGAACACAAACAGACUAACUGUGAGACGUGUUCAGGUGUGUUUGUGUGUUCUACUCGAUUGUUGAAGUUCUUUUUUCUCCCUGUGGUUGUGUUGUGUGUCUCUGUCCUAAAUGGUUCUGGUGUGUGUGUGUGUGUGUGAGAGAUUAGUUUUGCUAACAUCUGUGCACAGUUAGAUAUUUUGGGGCGGCAGGUUUUUAAUCCUGCUCGAGGGUCGUUAGGACAGACGUGAUAUCUGAGCUGUGGAUUAAAGCAACAGGAUUAAUGUGACUGCUGCAGCGGAGGGACGGACACACACCGAGAGGACACAGACCUCACACACCUCAACAGGCGCCACGUCUCAAUCGUCAGCCAUGUUUGCGGGUCGGGGGUCGGCGGGAGCCACUGUCGGGCCGGCGGCGGGAAAAGCUGGCAAGUUGUCUGUGGAGGAGCUGUACGGGUUCACCAAGAAACCAAAGGUCAACCGAGGGAAGUCUGGGAAAGCAGACAAAGGUGAAGCGAAGAAAGACACGAAGGAGAAGGAGGAGUCAGCGCUGGCGUUGCAGAUCCUGGAGGCGGCGAGGAGGCUGAUGGAGAGACGACGACUCGGGAUCUACCUGAAGGAAUGUGGAGUCUCCAUAGAGCAGAGUCACAUGACCUACAGGAAUCUUGGGAAAUCUGGACUGAGAGUGUCCUGCUUAGGACUGGGGACAUGGGUGACCUUUGGUUCUCAGAUCUCUGAUGAGAUGGCGGAGAGUGUGAUGACGGUGGCGUACGACAGUGGCGUGAACCUGUUCGACACAGCAGAGGUUUACGCCUCAGGAAGGGCGGAGACGACUCUGGGAAACAUCCUGAAGAAGAAAGGAUGGAGGAGGUCCAGUUAUGUGGUGACCACCAAGAUCUACUGGGGGGGGCAGGCAGAGACAGAGCGAGGGUUGUCACGGAAACACAUCAUUGAAGGUCUGCGUGGCUCUCUAUCCAGGUUACAGUUGGACUAUGUUGACAUCGUCUUCGCAAACAGGAGUGACCUUAACGCACCGAUGGAGGAGGUCGUCCGUGCGAUGACCUUUGUAAUCGAUCAGGGUUUGGCCAUGUACUGGGGAACGUCUCGCUGGAACGCCGUGGAGAUCAUGGAGGCGUACUCUAUAGCGAGACAGUUCAAUCUGGUUCCUCCAGUGUGUGAACAGGCUGAGUAUCACUACUUCCAGAGAGACAAGGUGGAGCUGCACCUGCCGGAGCUCUACCACAAGAUCGGGGUCGGGGCCAUGACCUGGUCCCCGUUAGCCUGCGGCCUGCUGACGGGAAAAUACAAUGAGGGCGUCCCGGAGAGUUCUCGAGCCGCCAUGAAGGGUUAUGCGUGGCUGAAGGAGCGUCUCAGCAGUGAUGAAGGGAAGAAGCAGCUCAGUAAAAUUAAAGAGCUCCACCUGCUGGCCAGCAGACUGAACUGCACUCCUGCUCAACUCGCUAUAGCGUGGUGUCUCCGCAGUGAAGGCGUCAGCUCGGUUCUCCUCGGAGUCUCCAACACGGAACAGCUGCUGGAGAACCUCGGUUCUAUCAGGGUUCUGUCUCAGCUGACUCCGCCCCUUGUUACAGAGAUGGAUGUGUUGCUUGGCAACAAGCCCCGUAACUCCAAGAAGGAAACAAGGAGCUGAGGUCUUUAAAGAAAAGACUUUAUAAGAUGAAGACAGGACGAAGACGACAGGGACAUGUCUUCUUCAGGGAUGGAGGCCACCACCUCCUCGUUGUCAUGGAGACGGGCAGAUGUCCCGUCCAAUCACAGAGACUUUAGUUCAGAUACCGGGAAAUAUUUAUUCUUGUAUAGAGUGAUGUGUCCACAGCUGUUUAACAUCUGUUGUCAAAACAACAGAUUCAGUGAAACUUGACCAAUAGUUUAUCAAUUUAUAUAAAGGUUAUAUUAUUACAAUUAUUAACAAAAAUCUUAGAAUACUGAUCAAAUGAUUGAUCAGUUGAUACAAGAUGUUUGUUUGUUUGCCAUAUCUAUUUCAAAAUAAAAGCCUGCUGUUACAGAGACACCAUUUCAAUUACUUCUCUGAACUGUCCUGUUUCUUCCAACGAUACAGAUGAUAUAUCUUAAUAUAUAAUCUGUGAAGAAAACUGACUCAAUCAUAUUUAUAUUUUCAAUAUAAUACAAACUGAACUGGAACAAAAAGGAUUCACAUUUGUGUUUAAUGUGUCACUGUUUGAUCCUCAUGUCAUUACACCUGCAGCAAUAAAGUUAUUGAUCUGGAAACUGU